GUAGCAAAAACUUAUUCAAAUAGAAAACAUAAUUAAAUUUAAAUUAUUUAAAAAUGAAAAGUAUUUUUAUAUUGGCAGCCUGCUUGGCUUUUAUGGCUGUGGUUUCAGCUUAUCCCCAAAUAGUCUAUCCACCUUCCAUGCAGCAUUCAGCACAACCUAUACGAGUUAGAAGAGAAGUCAUUACAGGACAUACAGUGGCGAAAAAUCCUAAUGGUGGUCAUGAUGUUUCUGUGUCAGCUACUAAAGUUAUAGGAAAUGAACAUGGCACAGCUUUUGGUAAAGCUUUUGCUCAGGGAAAUACCGAAGGAGGAAAUACUUUAAGAGGGAUUACCAUAGGAGGGGGAAGCAAUGGUCUUAGUGCCUCGGUUACCAAAACCCAAACUGACAUUAGCGAUUCAUUUAUUAAACAGGCACAAGCAAAUCUAAAAUUGGAUAAUUCAAAUGCUAUUUCGGCCCAUGUCGGACAAAUGAAUACCAAAAUAAAAGGCCCUAAUUUUAAUUCUAGCCCCGAACUUAAAUUUGUAACUUUUAAAUGGAGUAAUGCCAAUGGCCAUGGAGCUUCCUUCAGUCGCGAAAAUAACAAAGGCAUCAGUGAAACUGAAACAAAAGCAGCCAUAGCCAAUCUCUUCCAUAACAGGAAACACAAUUUAGAUGCCAGUUUCUUUGAUACGAAUGUUGCUUAUAAUAAUGGUUAUAAUUUUGGUAAAACUGGUGGUCUAUUGGAUUAUACACAUGCUGAUGGUCAUGGUUUAAAUGCUGGUCUAACACGCUACUCGGGUAUAGGCAAGAAGGCUGAAGUGAAUGGUUAUACAAAUCUGUUUACCUCUCAGGAUGGUCGUGCUACAUUGAAUGCAAAUGCUGGGGCCUCUAGAUGGUUUAAUGGACCCUAUGGGGGUCAAAAUGAUUAUGGUUUUGGGUUGGGUUUUAGAUAUAAUGACUGGUGAUUUGGGAUUAAGGUUUAAAAUUUUAUUAUAUAGUUAUUAAGUAUUUAAUAAAUUGCUUUUUAAUAAGGUAUAAGUAUUUAAGAAA